AUGGAGACAACGAUCCAACCAACGCCUCUUUACUACCAAACCACCAGCGACACCCUAGAACAAUGGACACCAAUACUCUCCAAACCAUGCACCUUCACUCAAGAAAUAUUCACCUCGGUUAUGCACGAAAUGAUCCUCAAUCCAAAUUACAAUUCCAGCUGGAUUCUACGAGCUGAUAUCUUGUCUGAUAGCCCUACACCCCCUCUCCAACUAGAUAUGAGCAUUCCUAGGCCAAUGCUAAUACCAAAUUUUACGCCAAAUCGGACCGUCCUCCGCCGCUUCGUACCCAGGAACCCACAGCGUGACGCGGCGGCAGAACAAACAUGCACAUUUUACGAGGGGAGUCAAGAUAGGCAAGCACUAGUAGUCUACCAAUCCCACUCCGACACGCCCGAAGCGUUACCGUAUUACCUACCAACGGUGCGGGCACUUGCAUUCUGGUAUUCGCAGGACGGGGAGGACGGGAAAAGUGUGUCCAUAUACUAUCGCUUAUUCCCAGACGUUCCUCUUAACAACCGGUUGGAAAGAACCGCCCUCCAUCUCCUUACCAGGAUCCAUAAACUCGGCAACGGAUUCACAGCGGGAUAUACCAAGCGAGUCUAUCACGACCAGAUAAUCCCAAGAGAACACUUUCAAACUACAUACCUCUCACUUCGCGAACGGCAUGCAAAGCGGUUAAUCGAUAGAUGGGUAGAAAAUACUGAUCCUGGGAAACAUGUAUUCGAAGACAUCCUCAUCGCCGCAUUCCUAAUCGAGUUAUGGAAGGACAUGGAUCGGGGUCUAGAAGCCGGCUUCGUAGAUAUUGGUUGCGGAAAUGGUGUGUUGGUGGACAUCUUGAUCAGGGAGGGGUACACAGGCUGGGGCUUCGACGCCAGAAGGCGAAAAACCUGGGGUGUUUUGGGCUCAAGCACAGAACAAAACCUUCAUGAGCUGGUCCUGGUACCACGAUUGCUGGGUGGCAAUGUAGAUGAUGGGAUCCAUGACGGUGUCUUCCCGGCCGGAACUUUCAUCAUCUCUAACCAUGCUGAUGAGUUGACUCCUUGGACACCGCUCCUAGCUAUGGACUCUGAAUGCCCGUUUUUGAUGAUUCCUUGUUGCUCGCACGACCUCUCUGGUCGACGGCAUAGACAGCCGGGGAAGGGGAGUCAAUAUGCUUGCCUGGUGGAGUGGGUAGCUAGAUUGGCGGAGGAUGUAGGAUGGCAAAUCGAACGGGAGGUAUUGAGGAUACCGAGCACGAGAAAUGUAGGGAUCAUUGGCAGGAAGAUUGGAGAAGGUAUGACGGUCGAAUCAGUACUAGAGAGGGAAGGAGGUGGCAGUGGAUGGAGUGAACGGGCGUUGGCAUUGAAGGCUGGGGGGAAUAAGGGGCAUUAG